AUGACUUUCUUUAACGAGUUCUUCUUUUUUGGCGUAUUGUUUCCCCCACUUGCAAUCAAUGCGGCUCUUGACUUUAAAAAUAUUAUUACGCAUGGAUUAUUUACGUCCGUCAUUGUCUUUGGCUUUGUGGGAUCUAUAUUCAAUUUCACUAUUACUGGUUUGUGCUUGUGGGGUGUGCACGUGUUGGGAGCCCUGGGUCUGGAAGAUCUUGCUGUUAAACCGAUCGGCUUUAUUUUGUUUUCAAGUCUCAUCUGCUCAACGGAUCUGGCAAUUGUGUUGGGUCUACUAGGAAAGCUAAAAGUACAUCCAUUCCUUUAUCUUCUUUUUGUUGGGGAGUCCUUAAUCAAUGAUGUUUUCAUUAACUUGUUCUAUGUCCUGUUUAUUGGGCUGACAAUGACUCCCUUGCUGCGCAUCUACAAAUUCCUCUCAUCCGAGCCGGUACGGUUAAGUCUAUUUGAGACUCUUAACGGCAGAGUUAUCACAUCGGCUUGUCAUGCCAUGUCAGACAUAGUAGGAUAUCAUCACAGCGCACUUCAGGCAAAACUCGAAGAAUUGUACAGAAGGUAUUUUCGGCCCCUUUUGCUGCGUGAUCCAAACAAGCACGAUGAGAUCGCUGAUGUCUAUGCUGACAUUGCCUUGGCGCUUCACCACGCCAGUGUGGCGAGGGACCGGAGCUCCGUUCAGUUUCACCUUCGUCAACUUCGUCCACAACUCAAGAAGGCCUUCUAUUUACAGCAGCAAGGUGUUUUCAAGCCGCUUCACCAUGUUUCCUUGCACCACAUCGACUUUAUUUCCGAACCGACAGACAUGUCGGCCGGGGGACAAAACGAUUUGAGCUUGGCUCGUCCGACGCCGACACACGCGCCUGCUUUCUCUUACGAAACAUCUAGAGGAAUAUCUUCGCCGGAGAGUACUGAAUGGGAGGAGGCUCAGGAAGAGAGUUACCAUGACGCUUUAUGCGAAAAGGAAGUAAUCGUUAAUUCAAUCCAGCAGCCGCGUGGAACUAAACGAAAUGUAACCCGGCACUCUUGGAAGCAGAAAGCCUGUUGUACUAGCAAGGCAAAUCUAGAAUCACCAGAACCUGAAACAAAUUCUGCAGAUGAAGUACCUGAAGGUGACGUUGGUGCAACAGACGACUGCCGUGGCGGAGGCGGUGGUGGCGUCCGUGCGGGUGACGAAGAGGAGGGCCUCUUCCGCCAGAUAUUAUCUCGACACAACCGCCACACUUACGUAUUCGACGAGACUGCCUAUGCCGAACGUGUUCAACAGUCCAUUCAAAGCAAACAUCGUGCUCUUAAGCUCCAUCACUUUCACAAAACGUAG